GGGGAAAAGAAACAUACAUAUACCUGAGCGCCCCCACCCCGCCCCAGCUUCCCGGCCCGCUCCCCGGCCGGCCCGCCUCCGCCCGGCGCAGCCCGCGGAGUCCCCUUGGGCUCGGCCCGUCUCGGGCUGGGGGUCCGGGGGCGGCGGCGGGUCCCGACCGGUUCCCGGGCCGAGCCGAGCCCAGCCGAGCCGCACUGGCUUCUUUGUCUACAGGCGGCGGCCGCCCCGGCCCCGGCCCCGGCCCCCGGCCCCCCGGCCCGGGCUGUGAGAUGAAUGUCUAAUCGGUGGCCGCCGGGCACCCAGGGCGAAGGCGGCUCGGGCUCGGGCUCCGGGCGUGCUAGGUGUUGGCUGGCCCCCACCCCACCCUGACAAGUGACCAUGGAUCCAGGAGCUGGCCCAGAGUCAUCUCUCACCAUCAAUGAGCAGGUCAUCGUGAUGUCAGGCCACGAGACCAUCCGCGUGCUGGAAGUUGGAGUGGAUGCCCAGGUCCCCGCUGAGGAGGAGGGCAAAGGACUGGAGGGUGUGGCCGCCGAGGGCUGCCAGAGUGGAGGUCCUGCUGAAGCCAGUGAACCUGCUGGUGAAGCUGGGCCAGACAACCCAGACUCUUCCGCGGAGGCAACUGUGAAGUCACUCCCGGGGAUCCCUUCGAGUCCUGCCCCGGCUGUCGCCACUUUCAGCCAACCCCCAAGCCAGCCUCAGGCAUCGCAGACCCUGACGCCGCUGGCUAUACAAGCUGCCCCCCAGGUCUUGACUCAGGAAAACUUAGCCACAGUUCUGACAGGAGUUAUGGUUCCAGCAGGGGCAGUUACUCAACCUCUUCUUAUCCCCAUCAGUAUUGCAGGUCAAGUGGCUGGUCAGCAGGGGCUGGCCGUGUGGACAAUUCCUACAGCAACCGUGGCCGCCCUCCCAGGACUGACCGCUGCUUCUCCUACGGGGGGAAUUUUCAAGCCACCUUUAGCCAGUCUCCAAGCAGCGGCCGUGCUGAACACCGCUCUGCCGGCACCCGUACAAGCCGCCCCACCGGUACAGGCCUCCUCGCCCGUCCAGCCCCGGCCACCAGCACAGGCCCAGACGCUGUUCCAGACCCCGCCACCGCCACCGCCGCUGCUGCAGAACACGCCCGCCAUUCUACCGCAGCCCACUGCUGCCACCGCGACCGCCCCCACCCCCAAGCCAGUGGACACCCCCCCACAGAUCACCCUACAGCCUGCCAGCUUCGCAUUUAGCCCAGGAAUCAUCAGUGCUGCUUCCCUCGGGGGACAGGCCCAGAUCCUGGGCUCCCUCACGACAACUCCGGUCAUUGCCAACGCCAUUCCCAGCAUGCCAGGGAUCAGCAGUCAGAUCCUCACCAAUGCUCAGGGACAGGUUAUUGGAACACUUCCGUGGGUAGUGAACUCAGCUAGCGUGGCAGCACCAGCACCAGCCCAAAGCCUGCAGGUCCAGGCUGUGACUCCCCAGCUGCUGUUAAACGCCCAGGGCCAGGUGAUUGCAACCCUGGCCAGCAACCCCCUGCCUCCACCUGUGGCUGUCCGGAAGCCAAGCACGCCUGAGUCCCCUGCUAAGAGUGAGGUGCAGCCCAUCCAGCCUACGCCAGCCGUGCCCCCGCCUACAGUGGUCAUCGCCAGCCCAGGCCCAGCGGCCAAACCAUCAGCCUCUGCUCCCAUCCCAAUUACCUGCUCAGAGACGCCCACUGUCAGCCAGUUGGUGUCCAAGCCACAUAACCCAGGUCUGGAUGAGGACGGGAUCAACUUAGAAGAGAUCCGGGAGUUUGCCAAGAACUUCAAGAUCCGGCGGCUGUCUCUGGGCCUCACACAGACCCAGGUGGGCCAGGCUCUGACUGCGACGGAAGGCCCGGCCUACAGCCAGUCUGCCAUCUGCCGGUUCGAGAAGCUGGACAUCACCCCGAAGAGCGCCCAGAAGCUGAAGCCGGUGCUGGAGAAGUGGCUGAAUGAAGCCGAGCUCCGGAACCAGGAAGGCCAGCAGAACCUGAUGGAGUUUGUGGGCGGGGAGCCCUCCAAGAAACGCAAACGCCGCACCUCCUUCACCCCCCAGGCCAUCGUGGCUCUCAACGCCUACUUCGAGAAGAACCCACUGCCCACUGGCCAGGAGAUCACCGAGAUUGCUAAGGAGCUCAAUUAUGACCGGGAGGUCGUGCGGGUCUGGUUCUGCAACCGGCGCCAGACCCUCAAGAACACCAGCAAGCUGAACGUCUUUCAGAUCCCUUAGGGCUCGGCCCCCCGCCCUGCGUUCCAGCACUUUGUACUUGCCCCUUGGCACCGGGCUGUGACAGCACCGUCAUUCUGGUACCUGUGGCUGUGCUCGAGACCCAUCUCGAGACUCCACCGUGUGCAUGCCCGUCAGCUGCCUCCCUCCUGUCCCCCACAUAUUGCACAUGGUGGGGAGGGCAGAGGGGCCCACUAGAGCACCAGGCCCCGGGCUGGUCAGGCCGAGGGAGGGGAUUUGUGGUGUCACUUAAAGAAGCACUUUGCUCGCGGUUUUUGAAGGGUGAGUUCUGGUUGGGAACCAGAAAAUCCCCGUCGUCGGGGCAGGGCUGCAGCAGCCCCUAAAGACUGGCCAUGAGCUCUUGUUUUCGACGGCUCCUCUUUCCACCCUCUCUUCUUCGCUCCUCUGUGUAGUGUGGCAGGUAUGGCAGCUCAUCCAAUAGAACCACAGCCUCGCCCCUUUGCCUGCAGGCAACACUAUGCCCUGAAAGGACUCAAGAGACACAACUCUGAAAAGUGUGAUGUGCUGCUCAGGUCAGACUCAGUGUCUGCCUUGACCUCAAAGUCAGGAGAUUCCACAGCUCUGGGGCCAGAAUCGGUCACCUGCUCUCCCACCCUCCCUGGUUCUCUGGAGGAAAAUUGCACUAAAGCAGAACCUUUUCUUUUGUAAUCCAUGUUGGAAGGAAACAUCAGUGAGCUCUAGCUGUUGUGGAGCUGACCUAGGCCUGUGGCAGGUCGGGAACUUAGUAAAUAAGGCCAUUCUUCCAGAUUGUAAUCCAAUCUCUGCCCAGGACCAUCUCCCUCACCCUCCACCCCCUUAAAAAAAA